CGUUCUUCAGAUAUUUAUUCAUUAGAUAAAUUUAUCCGAAAGUGGAACAACCCGGCCCGAAGUGUCUAAUUUUAAUCAGGAAACAAAAUCUAGCUAGCCGAAUAUUUAUAAAACGAGAGUUAAUAAAACGCAAUUUCUUCAGAAUGCGAAAUUCUCAGAGUUCAAGAAUACGAAGACCAUUUUCGCAGAUGUAUCGACUUGCAUUUGUUUCGCAAAACGAUGAAAAAAGCCAGAAAUCGCCAUGGCCUGUUUAAAAUUCCGCAAGCGUGUUAGCGAAAGUUCGCAUUUUCUCACUGUGUCAAAUGCAAUCGACAGGCCGUCUUAAACAAACAUGCACAUAUGCUCACCCUGAACGCGCCGUUAAUUUAUUUCGCAUACACGCGCAUAUUACAGAAUAUAUAUUUUCCACAAAUUUUUGACGCACCAGUAUUUCAAUUUCCAUGUUUUCGCGUAUUCUCCUUUCACUUGCGUCAACAGAAAUUUGAGUCUUCGCGUUUCCCGUAAGAGUACAUUGAACUUAACGGAAAGAUAUUUCUUUGAAUCUGUGGAAAGCUGUUUAAGAACGACAAAUCAAUAAAUGAACGAACGAGAAACUUACUCGCAGACAUAAAAUCGCAUCUUCCGGCAACGAAAAGUCAGUCGACCUUACGAUGAUUACGUCAAAGCUCAUUGUCAACACGAAGCAACGUUUUCGACAUUUCCUAGAAAAUCCUCAUGGUCCCGUGGAAUAUCGAAGACUCGCUGAGGUAUAUUUAAUCAGUCGCUCAUUAACAGGAGAAAAUCGAAAGCAGUCUCCCGAGUGAAGUGCGUUUUAGAAAAUGAUACGAGACGCGAAGAGUCCCGAAACCGAUGUAACAUUCGGCCGUGUCGAAUACCCUUCGACGUCCCAGUUCUCUUUCCGUCGCUGCAGGUGAUUACUUUAUUCAUUAUAACAUUGAACGUUUAUUUAAAGGAUAUUUAACCACCGAUACACGACGAUUUUCUACUUUCCUGUUCACGCAAUCGUCGGCCGCAUGGCAAACGCGAGAAAGUUUUUUUUUCUUCUAACGUCGUUUGACAAAGUUGCAGGAGGCGCGCCGCAUUUUUCAAAGAAAAGGUGCGCACACGAUUUUAGUGUGUUGUUCUCGAGUGUCAUCGUGGAACGGCUCGGUGCUUGGAGGAUGACGCUCAUCGCAGACAAAAGGGGAAGGGAACGUUCGUCGUCUGCAUGAAACGACCGACGGGCGUCGAAGUCUCCGCGCGGACGCCCGUCGAAAACGCCGUCCACCGAGUGGUAAAAGUAUUGACACGAUAUGUCCUCGUUGUGUAUAUAUAGGGGUACCUGCCAAGAAGGCACUACAGUUCUUUAGCGAGCGUCUGCAGGACGGUGCCGCAGCGAAUAGCUGUCCUUUCGAGGCUUUUCUCUCUGGGGAACUUAAAGAUCGCAAUCGGGGAAGCACUCUGCUGCGUUUCGUUGAUCAGGCGAGAAGAAGAAAGAAAAUGAUAGCGCUCGUGAUUUUUGGUACUCUCGUGGCACUGUCUUCCGCCCAAUUUCAACCGCAACCCAGCGGGCGGAUUCUGGAGUCCCCGAUACCGGCACUUUGCGCGCAAAGGACCAUCCACCAGCGGUUCAACGGGAAGGGCUAUUACUUCUCGUGGGCCGACUCGAGGACGAACGGGCAGGAGGUGGACUGGCUGACCGGCAGGAACUUCUGCAGGCAACGCUGCAUGGACCUGGUUUCCCUGGAGACCUCCGCCGAGAACGAGUUCAUCAAGAGCCGCAUCGUUCAAAACAAGGUGAAGUAUAUCUGGACCUCUGGCCGCCUCUGUGACUUCAAAGGCUGCGACCGAACAGAUCUGCAGCCUCUCCACAUCAACGGCUGGUUCUGGACCGCUGAGUUGCAGAAGCUCGCUCCCACUAACGAUCGCAACCAAAACGACUGGUCGGAGAGCGGCGGCAUCGGCAAGCCGCAGCCGGACAAUCGCGAGGCCAUUCAGGGCGGCGCGCCUGAGAAUUGCCUGGCAGUUCUCAAUCAAUUUUACAAUGACGGAGUGAACUGGCACGACGUGGCGUGCCAUCACAAGAAACCGUGGGUCUGCGAGGAUAACGAAUCUCUGCUGAAAUACGUCCGCUUCACCAAUCCCAACAUCCGCGUGUAAGCGAAAGAUAGAAAUUUUGGGGAAAUUUCACCAGCCCUCGGUUUCCUGCCGAACAGUUUAAACACUCGCUAAGCUACACGGGAACGAUUAAAAGCGCGUCUAUGUGAUGCGCCAGAUAAGCGACUGAGUAGUAUAUAUAUAUACAUAUAUACGCUCUAUAGAGUACCUUAUUUAUUAUCGUUAUUAAUACCUCAAUGUUCAUCCAAGUGAAAGACGAUUGCGCAUAAAUCAUUAGAUACCUUUUAAACAGGAUUGUAA